GGUGAUCACUCAAAAUCCAAAAAAUGUCGGGGGGGAAACAAAAAGAGAAACUGUACUCUAACAGUGAAAAAACCAACCAGAGAAUGUGCCAGACCUAGGGGAAUGUAAACAGCCAAAACUGCAGCUCGGUGAUGAAUGACACGUGGUUCAACGAAGCGAAAGUAAUUCCUCCCUGGUAACUGUGAUGACACAUACAAGAUUCCUUGUUGAGAAUCAGGUGAAAUGGAUUAAGCGCCAACAAGUUUCUUAACCAGCUGCGCGUGAUGGUUAAACCCCCCCCUAAACCCACUGGAAUGUCUUCAUGGACACUCGUCGCUGGAUUGUUUCAGGAAUAAAAGGAGAAGCAGGACACGGAUGGAGUUCGUGGCCGACGGCGCCGACAACUGCAGCCACUUGAACAGCGCCAGCCAUCGGAUGAUGGCGAUCCUGCAGAACGGCCAUCACAUCAACACCAGCGCCGCCGACGCCAAUGACCUGGGCAUUUACAACGACAUUUUUCUCAGCAGGUCUUCCUUGGGACUGAGGCGCUUUUCGGGUGUCAUGACGAUCUUCAUCAUCGUGAUGGGUGUGUUGGGUAACGCCUUGACUAUCGCCGCGCUCAUCAAGUGUCCGAAAAUACGAAACCUGACGGUGGCUUUCAUCACCAGUUUAUGCGUGGCGGAUUUCAGCUUUUGCGUCAUGGUGAUGCCGUUUACCGCCUACCGUUUCCUCAACGACCGCAAUUACUUUGGAGACGAAGACGUCAUGUGCAUUAUCUUUCCAUUGGUUCAAUACGCCAACGUCGGCGUUUCUUUACUCUCCAUCGCCAUGAUCACCAUUAACCGAUUCGUGAUGAUUGCCUAUCCGCAUUGGUACAAGAGAAUCUACACCCGCCGCAGCGUCGCCGGAAUGGUGGCCUUUGCCUGGAUUUUCUCCAUUUCCACGCUGAUGCCCACCUUGUCUGGUCGAUGGGGGAAAUUUGGUUUUGAUACUUGUCUGGGUUCGUGCUCCAUCGUCGGAUCCAAAGGCCCGAAAACGACAUUGUUCCUGAUCGGAUUCCUCACACCCUGUUUGGCUAUCGUUAUCAGCUACGCCGGAAUCUUUUGGACCGUGAACAAGUCGAGAACGAGAGUUCAGGGACAUGCCGGAACGACCGCUGCGGCUCCCGGUCGCACUGGAAGCGAUUGGCGCCUGACUAAAAUGAUCCUCAUCAUUUUCGUUUCGUUCAUCGUCUGCUACUUGCCCACCGCCAUCAUCAAGAUUGUGGACAAGGAAGUUAAACGUGCCGAUGCCCACGUGAUCAGCUACGUCUUGAUCUACUUCUCGGCCUGCAUCAAUCCCAUUAUCUACGUGACGAUGAACCGACAAUUCAGACAGGCGUACAAAGACGUCCUCUUCUGCACCGGCUGGACAACGGAAACAAAACAUUUCACCAAUAGCGUAUCGGAAAGGCUUACACGGCGCAGUCAACAGGACCGCCAUCUCGAAUGCAUCCGUGGCGAUGACGUCUGCUGUGCACCACCCGGAACCAGAGCGACUCGCUGCCAGCCAAAGUAAACGAAUCUUCAGCAAUCCAGUCGACAUUCCUCUCCACCGAUUGAGUAACGCCUGUUGAUCAGCAGCACCACAUCGUUAUCAAGUCGUAUAUAGAGUCAUUAAUAAGCCUUAUGCUUCUCGCGCUGGCCUUUGAUUUCAGUUACAUUUUGGGGGAUUGUUUCGUUAGAUAUUUUUUAUAUUAUUAUUAAACGACGACAUGAAUCCUAUUGGGUAGGAAUGACAGGGAGAACUCGUCUCACACACGAAGAUAAAUUGGUCAUUUCCUUAUAGACUGAGCGCAAUUCCGUGUCUCCCCAAUUUCCCAUGUCUCAUACAAACGUUGACGAUUGACGUGUAAUAAAAACGGAAAAAUGUGGCGACGUCGGUUAUUCGAGCCUUAAGUUGAUUUUGGUUAGUCACAGUAAAAACGUUAACUGUCGGUUGAUCCUUGAAAGCGGACGACAUGUCUGGCCUAGUUUGAUGCGAAUACGUGAUCCUUUAACAGCAUUCGUGUGUGUAUAGCAAAUGUUCGAAAUGAUCCCCCCCCCCCACCACCAGGAGAUAGCGUCGUUAAAUUGAAGUGCCUCUCACUUUCAUUCUGUUCCACAAUGCAGAGAGUAUCACGCCACUGUGCGUGAAAAGGAUUUGCGUGCAAAUCCUUGACGAUACAGAUACCCUCGCCAGCUACGUAUCAAACGGACACCUUCGCUCGCUUUGUGGAUAUUUGCAAUAAUCUAUUCCAAGGUACCCCCCUCCCCCCCACGCUUUUAUUUUUUUAUUCUCUUUCAUUCUAGUUCUGUAGAAUUACGACAUGUAAAGCGUUUCAGGCGAAUCCAAGCCCCAUGGCGUCAUCCGAAAUGCUUUUAGAAUAUUCCCAAAAGAGACGUGUUCAAACCGAAGUGAGUCGUGAAAUGUUGGAUCACAUUCCACUUGGGGCACACAAACUUGAGCUUACUUCCUGUGAAUAUGUUUAGGAACAAGCUUUUCUUAUUAUACUCUCCAACGGUUAAGAAUAAGUGACUUUAUGCAACGGCAAUGAACGCUGACGCUGCCUUUAAUCUUUAAUCAAAACUUGAUUGGAUGUAGGUGUUAAUAUUUUAGUAGGCACUCGUAACCCUGCAAAAAGUGCGCUCAACCUUUUACGUGAAAAUUUAGUCGUUUUCCAUAAAGGUCUUUGCUCAUUGGGGACGCGCUCUGGAUUCUAUAUUCAGCAUUAGACCGAUGAACGUUUUUAAAUAAUUUUAGUGAUCCGAUUAAAGGGGGAAAACUCCGAAUGACUGCGCUAAAAUCCAUUUAGAUUUCUCGAUUUUGCAUGGUAUAGUGUCUGUUCUCAAAUAUUAGGAGAACUCGAUUAUUCAUGCAUAAUGCUGUGAUGACCCACCCCAUAGAGGGGACGCCCUUUCAGUGUUUUAGUAGAUACACUCAAGAUAUCGGCUAGAUGCAAGAUGAAUGAUGGAGAUAAAACUUGGCUGUCGCGCCCAAGUUUGGCACAGAAAAGUGCCAGUAUUGAUUUUUGCGAUUCAUAAAGCGCGGCAGUAUAAAGCCAACAGUGUGCAGGAGCGAUCCAACUAAAUCAAAUUCAAGUUUCAAAAUCGAGAUUUGUUGGGAAAUUCGAAACUCGAUUCAUUUUCAUUUUUUUAUUGCAGAUUUAUGUAAGAAAUUGUCAAAAGUGCAGCCUUUACAAACGCGAAGCUUUUUGGUGCACAUAGUUUCUACGAUCUCCCAAAUUUUAUACAUUAUUUCAUGGCAGUCUACAGCGCUGCAGUAAGAAAAAAGAGCCCUUUGAGGCAAACAAAUCUGUGCGAGCUGAUUCGAUUUUGAAUUUGUAUACACAAGAGCAGCUCUUUGGUUUUAGUGCUGCGCCGCUACAGCUCAUUAGCAGUUUAACAUCAGCAUUUCGUGUAACAGAACCGUCAUUCCCGGAACUUUUCCCUCUUUACUGCUUUGCGUUCAAAGGACGUUAACGUUUAAGUCGAAUGUUUGUUUUUUAUUAUUUCUCAUUUUCCCUUUCAGCAAUAUUUCGUAAAACUUUUGAAGGCAGAAGUCAGUUCAGACUGACGUCUUUUUUUAAGAUUCGUUCAGUGUUUUGGAAGUUUGGCCAUAAUCAGUUCUAAAGAUAGCAUUGCAUGUGCAACCCUCUAUCUAUAAAUGUCGACUAUUCCUGGCUGUCGACGUAAAUCCUAAAUAGUAAUGCAUGUCAGUUCGCCUCCCGGUAUCGAAGUUGAUUUUACUCAUUAGAGCGUCUGUACGGAAACGGAUUGGACGUCGUCUUAAGACCAAGUGCAGCCAUAGUUCAUUAUCAGUUUAUUGGAUAAGAUCCAUUUGGAGUUCAGACGGUCCCUUUCGCGGAGAUUACCAGUCAUUAUCAAGAGACGAUAGUCACUGAAGGAAGGAGUCAGGAACUAGGAACAAGUUUCCUAGUGGCUCAAGAGACAAGUUGCCAUUUGAGAGACAUACCGGGAAAGUUAAGGAUAAUAACGACAGGCCUGAUAAAGGACAGCCAUGCCAUAUAUUGUAGAACAAUCUGAAAUGAGAGAUCCAUCCAAUCUGUCUGCAGACCACUAGACGGACGGUCGAUGGAAUAUUAAAUGGAGGUCCAGCAACUUUUCUUAAUAAAUUAUACCUAUUCAUUUUUGUCUCUGGCAUACACGGCAGUCAGAAUCGAUCAACAUUUUUCAUUUCAUCUCUAUAUAUAGUUCUCUAUUUGUGCAAUUCAAGUCCUACUGUAUUUAUUUUUAUCCUCCAUACCUUAGCCUGCGUGUAUUCUUUGAUGCCUCUGGAGAUUUUGAAAGCAGGAGCAGGACCCGCAUCAAACACAAAUGACUUGUUCCAGGUGGCUUCAUCUUCCGCAUCAAAGUUAUCUUUCCCGAGAGUCGAGCAGGUCCGAGUGCCAAAGAAACGCACUGGAAAUAUAACCAUCUAUGAACUGGUCACGUUGGUCACGAAGAGGACGAUGGCUAGCUGCUUAUUACUACUGCUUACUAGCUGCCACGGAAACACAAAAAGGAAUUGGAUAGACCUACAGCAUCUCCAAGUGGAUGAAUUCUAAACUUUUCUGUUUCAUCAUCAACGAAAUUUUACUUUUUUUUGUUUGUUUCCGGCAGAUCUCAGCAUGCUACUUUUUCACUUCCUUCGAUAUAUAGAAUAUGAGUCAUAGUAGCAGUAAAAUGAAUAGAGCAACUAUCGGAACAACCAUAGUGUGCAUGCGGUUUUUUAUUCUGAAUAUCUGAUGACCUUGUACAGCCUCAUCAACUUCAUUUUUGCAAAAUAAAUGUUCUUUAUUAGUG